AUGGAUAUCAAACGGUACUACAGCGCUAUUGAGACCCGCAUCGGCAAUUGGCUGCUCUUUGGUGGUCGCGCGCACUUGGGUUACUAUCCCCGCGAUACCUGGUGGCCGUUCCCUAUCUACCGGUCCCUGUUGGCGAUGGAGGACCAGAUCGCCCAGUCGCUGCGUUUGGCGCCGGGCUCUCGCGUUCUCGAUGCUGGAUGUGGGGAUGGCCAGGUGGCGCUGCAUCUGGCGCGUCAAGGCGGCCUGCGCGUCCAUGCCAUCGACGUGUUGCCUCAGCAGGUCCAACGAGCGCAGGAGAACGUUGCGGCGGCGGCGGCAUCGAGAGGGCAUGCGACUACUCGAUUGAAACCAAAGGCGGAGGCGGCUGUGGGCGCAGUGACCGUACACACAGACGACUACCACCAUCUCACCACGGUGACUGCCAACUCGAUGGACGGGAUCUACACGAUCGAAACGCUCGUGCACGCGUCGGACCUCCCGACGGUUUUGGCGGAGUUAUACCGCGCUUUGAAACCCGGGGGCCGUAUCGCCUUUUACGAAUACGACCACUGGCGGGAUCAAGGGGCCGCGUCGGUGGACGGCGCCGGAGACGAAUCCCCGGCUAUGGACGACAAAGUUCGUCAGUACGGCGCACUCGCUCGCGCCGACGGGGAUGCCGGCAGCGGAGGGUGGGACGGCCUGGCCCAGGCGGUGGCACAGGCGGGUUUCGUGGACGUGCAGGAGCGGGACAUUUCGGCGCACAUCCGGCCGCUGCUGCGGUGGCUGGUCUUCUUCCUGUCCCUUCCGUGCUUGAUCGUGGUGGCAUUGGGGGUCGAGUCGUAUUUCAUCAAUACGUGUGCGGUCGUGGUGAACUACCGCCGUGGGUGGAAGUAUGUGGCCGUGACGGCCCAGAAGCCGGAGGGGCAGAACCCGAGAUGA